AUGGGCAACCUCCAUCCUCUCCCUCUCGGCCCCAGGCGCCGAAAUUGCCGGCACCCCUGCCAAAGAGCAACCCCGAAUCCGGCCGCGCCCUCGCACGCGGGCGGGACGCUGCCGUUUCUGGCCUGGCGGCUGGACGCGCUGUGCUCGGUGUUGUUUGCGAAUCUGCUGACGGACGCGUCGCCGAAGGUUGUGGAGGACGCGAAGAGCUUCUACUUCGAUGUCGCGUUGAGUGGGAGUGGGAGCAUUUUGGAUUCGCUGUUGGAGUGGGCGCCGAAGGAGAGGGUGCUGUAUGGGAGUGGUUUCCCGUAUGCGACGACCGAGGCGGAGUGGAACGAUAAGGUUUUGGAGGGGUAUGAGGUUGAUGAGGGGGAUGAGGGAGGCGAUUUAUUGGGAGAAUGCUUUGAGGUUGUUUCCAAGGCUGGCGGGGAAGGAGGGAAAGUAGGGUCGGAAGCUGUAGUCGAAUGUUUGACUACAUCCACCCAACCCACCCCUCAUACGACAUGGAAGAACGGCACACCAAUAUGGGAAAACAGCUGCGCUAGCAAAAUUGAAUUGGGCCUAGGAUUUUUUUUUUUAAAUGAUAGACCAAAUAGAGAGAGCAUGAUAGACACUGGAACAAGUACUCAAAUUCGACAGUAUAACUCGUCUUCUGACCUUGAUCUUUCCCGCGACCCCCUACUUUCCGAGACUUUUCGUCGGGUGCCUACAUAUUGA